GAUGCCAUGAGAGGUCAGCAGUUCAAACAAAUAUGAUUAAUUGUUCUCCCGAAGAUUUUACAAAGGAAUUCAAGAGAGAGGGGAAACGGCUGCUGAGGAGUCUCAUCGGAAUUCUGAAGACCAGCAGGCAAGCGCCCAUUCAGUGACGCCCUCCCUCUCCGCUGCCGUCUACGCCAAUGGCGCCCCUUCUCCGCUCUCGUGGCCUCCUCCUCCGUCGGCCCUUUCACCUCCUCCUUCCACGACUUUACGGAUCCGUCUCUCCUGAAGGCGGGAUCGACCUGAUGAACCCUACUUAUGUCGUCUGGGGUUCCAACACCGGCGUGGGAAAAACCCUCGUCUCCGCCGGCCUUGCGGCCUCCGUCCUUUCCCAAUCAUCCCAUGGUCCUUCCUCAUUUCUCUACCUGAAGCCCGUCCAAACCGGAUUCCCCGUGGACUCCGACUCCCGGUUCGUCAGCCGGAAGGUCUCCGCCCUCUUCCGCAGACUUCACGGCAACUUCCCAACUGGCCUUCUCGUAUCUGACCACGUUUUGAACGCUUCGAGCGCUGCUGCUGCGGAGUUGCUCGGAGGUAGGCUUGAUAAACGGGAGGAGACCGAGGGACGUGAUGAGGCAGGAUCAGGAGGUCUCUGUGCGUACGAGGAGACGCGUAUUGGAAAAGAAGAACUAGAAGAGGGAGAUUUUAGGUUGGUUUGCAAGACGUUGUUUGGAUGGAAGGAGGCCAUUUCGCCGCAUCUAGCUGUACAGAGAGAGGGCAUGCUGGUUGAAGACUCUUCUUUGAGAAAGCUACUGGGAAAGUGUUUGAGGCUUUCACUGCAAGGGGGAGGUGAUGACAGUAGGGAGAGAGUUUGGCGAGUGAUUGAGACCGCUGGAGGUGUUGCAAGCCCUGGACCUUCUGGAACUCUUCAAUGUGAUUUAUAUAGGCCUUUCAGAUUUCCUUCCAUUCUGGUUGGAGAUGGUCGUUUGGGUGGAAUUUCUGGAACUAUAGCUGCAUAUGAGUGUCUGACUCUUAGAGGAUAUGAUGUUGCAGCUAUUAUUUUGGAGGAUCAUGGCUUUUCUAAUGAAGUGCGCCUACAGUCAUACCUACGAAAUAGGCUACCUGUGCUUAUGCUGCCACCAAUUCCCCAAGAUCCAAUAAACGACUUGCUGGAUUGGUUUUAUGAAUCUGGAAAGGUUUUCAGUUCCCUUCAGGAAGUCUUGGUGUCUGCUCAUUUAAAAAGAAUUCAAAGAUUGCAUGAUAUGCCAAGAAAGGCAGGCAACCUUUUCUGGUGGCCAUUCACACAACACAAACUGGUUCCUGAAGAGACUAUUACUGUCAUUGACUCACGCUGUGGUGAGAAUUUUGCUAUACACAAGGUUUGGAAUGAUCAAGAGAUGAUCAUUCCACAGUUUGAUGCAUGUGCAAGUUGGUGGACUCAAGGGCCUGAUUCUAAUUUGCAAAUUGAACUUGCCAAAGACAUUGGAUAUUCUGCUGCAAGGUAUGGGCAUGUAAUGUUUCCGGAGAAUGUGUAUGAACCUGCGUUGCAAUGUGCUGAGCUUUUACUUGAUGGGGUUGGAAAAGGAUGGGCAUCUCGAACUUACUUUUCUGACAAUGGAUCUACAGCAGUUGAAAUUGCUCUGAAGAUGGCUUUUCGCAAAUACAUGUUGGACCAUUGCAUCAAUGCAGAUUUUCACAAGAUUAGUUCACUAGAAGGAUGUGUAGACCUCAAGGUCUUAGCUCUGACUGGAUCUUAUCAUGGGGAUACCUUGGGUGCCAUGGAAGCUCAAGCUCCAUCAUCAUAUACAAGUUUUAUUCAGCAGCCAUGGUAUUCAGGAAGAGGUCUUUUUUUGGAUCCUCCUGAGUGCUUUAUUACCAAAGGAAACUGGCAUCUUUCUCUACCUGAUUGCCUAAAAUCAGUCCAUGUGAAGCUGGAAGCCACGAGAUUUUACUCGUGUAGUGAAUUGCUUUGCCCAAGCAGGGAUUCUUCAUCUAUUGCUCAUAUUUACUCCAAUUAUAUAUCAGAACAAUUGUCUUCUUUUGCUGCAUCUAACCACUCCUCACAGAUUGGAUCACUAAUCAUUGAGCCAGUUAUACAAGGUGCUGGUGGAAUGCACAUGGUCGAUCCACUUUUCCAGCGGAUCCUUGUUAAAGAAUGCCAGUCACGUAAAAUUCCUGUUAUAUUUGAUGAAGUAUUCACAGGGUUUUGGCGACUUGGAAGAGAGUCUGCUGCUGAAUUACUAGGCUGUUGGCCUGAUGUGGCAUGUUUUGCUAAAUUGAUGACUGGAGGAGUUGUUCCAUUAGCUGCAACUUUAACUACUGAAUCUAUUUUUGAAGCAUUUGAAGGUGACUCUAAGCUUAUGGCACUUUUGCAUGGUCACUCUUAUUCUGCUCAUGCUGUGGGUUGCGCAUCAGCUGCAAAAGCUAUCCCGUGGUUUAAAGAUCCGUCCACAAAUCCAAAUAUUGAUAGUGAACGAAAAAUACUAAAAGAGUUGUGGGACAUGAAACUUGUUCAGACUAUAUCUGCUCUUCCUGGAGUAGAAAGAGUAGUAGUUAUUGGGACUCUAUUUGCUUUUCAACUCAAAUCUGAUGGCUCUGAUGCAGGAUAUGCUUCAUUGUUUGCGAGUUCCUUGGUCCAACAGCUUCGUGCAGAUGGUCUUUACAUAAGGCCUCUUGGGAAUGUCAUAUACCUCAUGUGUGGCCCAUGCACAUCGCCACAUUUCUGUACCGAACAACUUCACAAAGUACAUCGUAGAAUUUGUGAAUUCAGCAAACCUCAGAUUGAAGAAUGAAGUAGUGAAAAAAGGGGUACCGGAGCAAGCAUUCUCUUUGUUCGAAUAACCCUACCUUAAUGAGGAACCUCUUUGUGCUGGUAGUCAUGUCACUAAAAAGUGAUAUAUCUAAAAUACUGACAAUGAGAAAAAUACGGAUGCUAGCGUUGAUGUUGGAGGACACAACUAUAUAAUAACUGAUUUGUUUUCAACCAGAA